AUGGCGAUUGCUUCCAGGAGUGGAGUUGAUGCAGCACGGGAAAGGGGGAAAAAGGAGAUGAAUUCCUUCCAGGCAGCUGUUGGGGAGGGCAGUGAGGAGUUGGCGCAGAGUUGCUGGGUGGCCAGGGUUUUACCCUUUGCGCAUGGAUGCCGCGGUGUCUCACCACGUUCACCACACGAACGUUGGUUUGUGGGCAGGUGUGAAACGGGUCGGGGGAGGCACUCAAACCACACUCACAAUUCCCCGUGGAUGGGGUGUGCGUGUGGGAGAGAAAUGUGGGCCUCACUUCCGCGUUUUUUUUUUUGCUUUUCCCCCUCUCGCCCUCUUCCUCUUUGUUUGUUUGUGCCUUUCUUGCCGGCUGCGCUCGCCUCCUUGCCUGGCUUCGCGGAGCGGUGA